AAUUCCCAAAUAAAUCCCGCAAUUGUAGAUGAGGUUGCUGUGCGUUUCUUUCACUCUCUCUCUCUCUCUCUCUCACUCUCUAUUUUUUGCGGCUAGGGUUUUUCGUUUUCCCCCUCUCUCUCUCUGGGUCCGCUGAUAGAUGGAGUUGUUGAUGAGAUAGGAUCUGUGUUUCGGUGGAAUAACAUACACUAACCCCGUCAGGGAGGAGCAGCAGCCACCGCGUCGGCCACCGAUUUCGUCUUCUCCGGGUAUUCUCACCAAUGGCGACAAUGAACCCUUUCGAUCUCUUGUCCGACGAUACACAGGACCCUUCCCACCGAAUCGAAGCCGAGCAGCAGAAGUCCGCUGCUCCUCCCGCCGUCGCCGCCGCCGCCAAGAAACCUCAGCUCAACAAGCAAGCUCAACUUCCCACCAAGCCUACCCCUCCUUCUCAAGCUGUGAGGGAGGCAAGAAAUGAAACAUCCCGCGGCGGACGUGGAGGGGGAGGACGUGGGCGUGGACAUGGUCGUGGCCGUGGGGCUGGUAGUUUCAACCGUGACUAUUUCGGUGAUGAGAACUCAUUUGCUGCCCCUGCUGGUCAUGGUCCUCCUGAAGGAGACACCUGGAAGCCGUCAGAAAGGCUUGGUGGAUCCCGAGGUCCUUAUCGAGGGGGUUGGCGGCGUGGUGGAGGCUUCAGCAAUGGAGAAGGUGGUGAAGAUGGGCAUCCAGGAAGAGCAUUUGAACGACACAGUGGGACUGGCCGCGGAAGUGAAUUCAAACGCGAAGGUUCUGGGAGAGGAAAUUGGGGAAAUCAAACUGAAGAACAUGCUCCGGCGGCUGAGGAAGCGAAUGAAACUGGAAAGAAUUUGAGUGAUGAUAAGCCUUCUGGUGAAGAUGAUGUUGCAGCAGAUGGAAAUAAGGAGAAACCUUCUAAUGAAGCAGCAGAAAAAGAAGCUGAAGAUAAGGAAAUGACUCUGGAAGAAUAUGAAAAAGUACUAGAAGAGAAAAGGAAGGCCUUGCAAGCACUCAAGACUGAAGAGAGGAAGGUAGAUACAAAAGUUUUUGAAUCCAUGCAGCAACUGUCAAGCAAGAAAGACAAUGAUGACAUCUUUAUAAAACUGGGAUCAGAUAAGGAUAAGCGCAAGGAGGCUCUUGAGAAGGAAGAGAAAUCCAAGAAGUCCGUCAGCAUUAAUGAGUUUUUGAAGCCAGCAGAAGGUGAGACUUACCAUAACCAAGGCCGUAGCCGAGGCCGUGGCCGAGGCCGUGGUCGGGGUGCAACAGGUGGAUUUGGUGGUGGCUAUGCUGCUGGCUAUGAAAAUGAAAGAGCUCCAGCCAUUGGAGAUCAUGGCCAGUUUCCUACUUUGAGUGCCAAGUAAAACUCAACUAGCGCCUGACAUCUUUAUAUGUACCCCUUUUCCCUCAAUUUUGGUUUUCUGCUUUGAAGCAGGAAAAAGAACUAUAGUAAUUGGAUUUCCUGUAACGGCAGGCGUAUUAAUUUUUAUGCUUUAAAAAUGUAAAGUUAGGUUGUCCCUUUAAAUUGAUUCCUUGUUCCCUCUAUAGUCUAUAGCUCAACUCCAAAUGCUUUUACUUCUAGAUGCAUUUUCGGGGGAAUACCAAGGGAGAUACCGAGAUUUUUGGUUCACGCUUGUUUAUCGUAACUCAAGAUUUUUGGUUCA